CUUGUUCGAACAACACACGAGAGCAUCAUGUGGAAGGGUUGGAUCGCGACGCUGGUCUGUGGCAUGUCGACGGCAUUGGUCGUGACUGUUCCAGGGGGACAGCGUGAGUGCUUCAUCGAACACAUCAAGACGAAGCGAACGGCCUAUCUCGAGCUCGCAGUGUUGGAAUCGAACGACUUGUACGACAUUCGACUCACGGCGUUUGGGCCGUUUACGACGGCGCCGUCCAUGACGCAGACCGACAUGCAAUUCUUCGAUUCGCUCGUGACGACGGCAUCCCUUGAUGAAAAGUCCAAGAACGUGCAGCGCAACGGGUUCAACUUUGACACGGAGCACCGUGGUGGAUGGUACAAGUUCUGUCUCGGCAACGAACACUCGUCCAAACCUGGGAAGAAGGUCGACUUUUCUGUGCGUUUUGGGUUAACGAAGGAAGAUGACAUUGGCGACGAAGACGUUGUCGAAGCCUCGACAAAGGAGAUGCAUAUCGAGACUGUCAAGGCAUCGCUGGCUCACCUGCACGAUAUGUUUUCAUCCAUCCAGUCCGAGCAAACGUACUACCUCCAACGAGAUAAGCGGCAUUCGAAGACUGCUGAGAGCAACCAAUCCCUCGUCUUCUGGUGGACUCUAGUUCAAGUGUUGUUGGUCGCUAUUGUGUACGGCUUACAGAGCCACCUCAUGACCAAGUGGUUCAGUGGGAGUGGGCUCUUGACCUCGAGCGGUACGUCGGGGUCGCGCCGAGGAUGGGCUCUGUAACCCCGAUAUGAAGCCAAGGCAGCGUCCGUGUAAUGCCAACAUGUCGAUUCCUUUUAAGCUGGAUGCAGUUGUACACGGAAGUGGAUAGCCCUUCCUACUCUACUUCUAUUUGUUCAUUUCGAUCCAUUACAGACCCAUGCGCUGAAAGCUACACAAAGAAUUCGUCCAAAUGAACAAUCUGGC